CCAAGGGCAUGAUUCUGUCAAGAGCACAUAGCGGCUUCACUAGAACUGAGAUAACGUGAUUUAUAACGGGACAGAUAUGCAUAGUUACAGCUUCUCUUAGCUUACAGUUAGUCUUGAAGGCUUCUUGCCAAUAGUUGUACCUGAGAUCUUCAUUACAGUACUGGGAUCAGCAAUAAAUCUCAAUAAUGAUUUGUUGAGGUUAAUAGAAGAACUACUCCACCAUGUUCAAGAAUCUCGCCCAAAUUCAGCAACGCCUACCAGCGCUGCCACACCUGUCUCGGCAGUUCAAGUAUACAGCCUUUAGUGUAUCUCUAGGCAUUGCUUUGAUUGGUUUGAUAGCUGCCAUGCUGCGUCGAAGGAGGGGUCGGCGUCCUCCCACACAGAAGAAAGGAAACAAACACAAACAAAGCUUGGCUGAAAUACAGAGGAAAUAUGGCCGAAUAAGGAAACCAGUAGCAACACCAAAUGGAGAUGUGCCCUCUCGGUUGCGAGACAGUGUCAGUCCAAGUGGGUCGAUGCGCUCUCUCAUCCAGCAGAGGUCCCUCUCCAGCUCUCUAUCCAGCCUUGGAGGGGCGUCAUCGUCGACAGUCACACACCCUGGCGUGGACCCGGACAACAUGUCUCCUCUUCAACUGUGUCAGCUCGGUAUGGAGAACCUGGGAGAUGCUGUUGCAUUCUGGGAGGAUGCUGUAAUGAAGCUCUCCUACGUGGAUGACCAACCAUACCCUGCUAUACCUGACCCUGACACUGCGGCUCUGCAGCAUCGUCUGGAGCACCUGCUGGACCUGGCGUACCGUAUGCAGGACAACUACGAACGCCAGUGUGAGCGCCAUGCAGACCAGGUGGCCCUGGGGUCGGCCUUGUCGGCCUUCGCGGAGAUUGAUCGUCUCCAGGAGAGGCAGCGUAGUCUUGACGAGUCAUCCAGCGAUCAGGACUCUUUCGUGUCGGCAACAGAUAUGGCCAACCUGUCUGACCUUGAGAAACAUCGAGAACUGUUCCGCUACCUGCCAUUGUAUGAGGCAGGGCUACUCGAGCUCAAGUAUGGGAACGUCUCCUGCAGAUCUCUCAGAACCGAGAUGGCAGAAUGUCUUUCUGAUACUGAAUUUCUAGCAAAGCUAUUUGGCCUCAGGCUAGCAUUUGAACACAUCUUCAAAGAUGGUGAGAAGCGUGAAUGGUGGCGGGUGACUGGCAGGAGGCUCAUUGGGGACAUGCUUGUGCAGGCUGACAAGGAUCCAGAGGAGUUUUAUGUCGCUUAUGACAAGAUGGUGUCCUUCGUGGAGAUCAUGGACAGCUGGGACAAGAUUGAGGAAGAGCUUAAAGGCAGAGGGGUGAAGACCAUGUCUUUCUAUGACAUUGUGUUGGAGUUUAUAAUGAUGGAUGCGUUCGAUGAUCUAGACAACCCCCCAGCUUCAGUAGUAGCCGUUGUACAGAAUCGAUGGUUGUCUAAUGGGUUCAAGGAAACGGCUUUAGCCACUGCUGUUUGGUCUGUGUUGAAAGCCAAGAGAAGAAUGUUGAAGUUUUCUGAUGGUUUUAUAUCUCAUUUCUACGGAGUAACGGAACACGUUAGUCCUGUGUUAGCCUGGGGUUUCCUAGGACCCGAGUCGGAUCUCAAACACAUGUGCAAUUUUUUCAGGGAACUUAUUCUUGGAUUCAUCUGUGAUAUAUUCAGUUUCGAUAAAGUUCGGUUCACAACUGUGGAAGAGUUGGCAGCUGAUAUCAUGAAGUUGGCGGUAGAGCGGAGUCAACAGGCAGAGGACCGGUUGUCUGUGUCAUAGGCAGGGGGGAUAACUCUGCAUCUUCACCUAAAUUGGCAUCACAGCCUGGGAUAACUCCCAUAUCUGCACCUGGUCAUAAACAUCACACUGAUAUGUGAUGGUGAAUACAGGAGUACAUAUGUUGUAUAUCUGCUAGUGUGAGACAUAUAUGGAUAUAACAUCAUAAUACAUGAGACCAGAAUUAGCAGCAUCAUUAGCAUCAGACCAAGUUGCCAUGGUGAUUUUAAAGACAUGGAUAGUUUUUAGUGCAGUGUUUCAACCCUUGAUGGAUUCUUUACGUAGUUGAUUUGUGUUGCACACCAGCUGACGUGAUAUGACGGGACUGUGCAGUCAUGUGCUACACAAGCAAUGUAACCAUGGCAACAGGAAGUUCUUCUGUACACAAUGAAGGAACUGUUAUAUUGUUCAGGAGAUGGUUACUAGUAUUGAUAUUGUCAUAUAUCUCAUUUCAUUGGCUGUCAUUUGUUAUUUGUAAAUAGUCCAUUAUGCAUGGUGUUGUUACGAGGAUAUAUAUUUAUCUUGUUUAUCACUGUAUGUGGAUAGUUACAGUGGUAGAGGACUCAUUAGUGGAAGCAACGGUUACAGUCAGGGUAGUGUUGAGGUCUUUUGUAACCAUGGUAACAGCUAAGGUAUCACAUUCACGUUACUUGAUACCUUAGUAUAAGCAUAAUAGCAUUUGUUACCAUGGUAACAGCAACAAUAUCAAUUGCAUGCUAGCUAUAACCAUGGUAACAGAUUUAUUGCAUUGAUAAUAAAUCAUUGUAUCAAGGACGUGUGUACAGUUUAAUGGUUAAACUUACAUGACUACUGUUGCCAUGGUAAUGUGCAUGAUAAUCAUGUUGUGACAAUUUCUUCAUGUGAAUCAUUUUCAGCAUCAGAUCUUCCCAUUCUUUAUGUCAUUCUUUAAUAUGUAUUGAAAACAUUCGUAAUCACGUAACUCUCAAAUGGAAUUUUCAACUGCUUCACAUGCAACUGUUUUUGUGUCUGACACAAGCAUGUUAUGGUGUGUCCGAGCAGUUCAAGGCUUACAGUGUGGCUUUCAGUGUGCAAGUUGUAUUUUAAUGAUAUUUGUCAUAAUUCUGUUGCAGAUAUAAGUAGACAUUCUCGAGUGGAUUUAAUAAUGCCCUAUUUCAUUGUGAUAUAGUUGCAACUAACAUGGCUUGGUUGAGCUGACACUGUGACAGUAUUUGACUAAUGACUGGACCAAGACUAAGAGGAUUUAAUGCUAAUU